CCUCCCUCCCGGCGCGCGCCCCUCCUCCCUCUCACCCUCCCUCCUUCUUCUCGGCUCCGUCGCUCCCGCGGCGCGAGGCGCUCUAGCUCUUCUCCACCUCCUCCGUCGUCGCCCCUCCCCCCGCGCAGCCGCCGCCGCCGCCGUCGCCGCCGCCGCGAGACCCCUGCGCGCCGCGCUCCCCCCGCCCUCCGGCCCCGCGCGCCCUUCGGCCCCAGCAGCCCCUGAGGAGAACGAGAGGGCGAGCGAGCGCGGCGCUCCCGGGCCGGCUCGGCCCCCUCCCCUCACCAUCGCCGGCCCUUUGCCGCCCUCCUCCGCUUCCACCCCUUCUCCCCCCCCCCCCCCCCGCCAAGUUGAGGCCCCCCCCGGGGGGGGGAGGCCCGGGACCGGGAGCGAAUUCCCCUAACUCCUUCAGCCCCUCCCCCCGCCUGGCCCGAGUGUGAGGAAAAGGGCCCGGUCCGGCCCGCGUCGUGUGUGAGGAGGACUCGGGCCGGCCCACGGGCCGUCUGGGGCCUGGUCCGGCCCGCCGGGUGUGUGAAGACAAGCCCGGUGCGGCCCGGGCGAGGACGAGCGGAGGGGAGGGGCCUGGUCCGGCCCGGCCGGUGCGAGAGGACUGGGGCUCCGGCCCGGCGCCGCCGCCGCCGCGAUGGCCCAGCAGCAGAUGACCAGCUCGCAGAAGGCCCUGAUGCUCGAGCUGAAAUCCCUGCAGGAGGAGCCGGUGGAGGGCUUCCGGAUCACCCUGGUGGAUGAGUCCGACCUCUACAACUGGGAGGUUGCCAUCUUCGGACCCCCCAACACCCUCUACGAAGGCGGCUACUUCAAGGCGCAUAUUAAAUUUCCUAUUGACUACCCGUAUUCACCACCUACCUUCAGAUUCUUGACCAAAAUGUGGCACCCCAACAUUUAUGAGAAUGGAGAUGUAUGCAUUUCGAUUCUUCAUCCGCCUGUAGAUGACCCACAGAGUGGAGAACUGCCGUCCGAAAGGUGGAAUCCUACUCAGAAUGUCAGGACUAUCCUGUUAAGUGUAAUCUCAUUGCUCAAUGAGCCCAACACCUUCUCCCCAGCCAAUGUGGAUGCUUCGGUUAUGUUCAGGAAAUGGAGGGACAGUAAAGGAAAAGACAAAGAAUAUGCUGAAAUCAUUAGGAAACAGGUUUCAGCCACUAAAGCCGAAGCAGAAAAGGAUGGAGUGAAGGUCCCCACGACCCUGGCGGAAUACUGCAUCAAAACUAAAGUGCCUUCCAAUGACAACAGCUCAGAUUUGCUUUAUGACGACUUGUAUGACGAUGACAUCGAUGAUGAAGAUGAGGAGGAGGAAGAUGCCGACUGCUACGAUGAUGAUGAUUCUGGGAAUGAGGAGUCGUGACGUGCUCCUUCAGUGCCCCUGUACUGCCCUGCCGUCUCAGGCCAAAGGGAGGGGAGCAAGUGGGGACCUAGCAGUGGCCCCUCAACAAAAACCUAUCACGGGGGUGGGAAAAACAAACACGGCUCCUGCUGACUCCCCUUAUGGAUCUCAGUUUGCUCCUUUUUAUGGACCUCUUAAUGGAGAGAAAGUAAUCCUCCACAGAAUGUCUGAAUUCUUGCAUUCUUUACCCCUCCAUCACUGUAUUGAUUUUUUUUUUUCUUCUUCUUCUUUAAACCCAAACUUUCGCCUCACUUCGUCUCUACAGAGUGUUCACGGCAAAAACACCUUUGGUCUGUUUUUAGAUUCUUGAAGAAUUAGUCUUUCAUCAAGACGUUUGUGUUUAAAGCUGGGAACCCAUUGGAAGUUCACAAGUGCUGCAUAUGCUGAGUAGCAAAAGAAAAUGGAAAAAAAAUAUAAAACCCCACAAAACAAACUUAAAAAAAAAAAAAAGCAAAUUUGCCAAGAUUUAGCUGCUCAUUUACAUUAGUGUGUGUGCAUUCGAUCAGCCCCAUGGUGGGGAGUUUUGUUUCCUUUCCCAUCUUAAGGCUGAGAUACAGUGGGCAUCAGGGACUUUGUGCUAAGCCUGAUGAAAUGUGUUCCUAAGGGCACAGAGACCCUUCAGCCUCCAGGAAAUCAUCCUAACACCGCAGGGGGCCUCAGCUACUCUGAGAGAAAGAUCAGAUUUUGUUUUUUGAAAUCGAUUGGGAUCUAAAGCCUGAAAUAAAUAUUCAUACUUUACAUAGAACUGA